AUGGCUUCUGCCUUGCCGUCGGUGCUGCUGGAGGAGGUCUUUCUCCGCCUCCCGCCGGAGGAGCCAGAGCACCUCGUCCGGGCCUCCGCCGUCCGCAAGCCGUGGCGCUGCAUCCUCAGCGACUGCGGAUUCCGCCGCCGCUACCUCAAGCUCCACGGGGAACCUCCCGUGCUGGGGUUCUUCCAGCUCAUUCAGGAGUACUCCCCUUUUCGAAAAAAAAAAUCUGGACUACUCCCGAUUCGUACCCACCUCCUCCUUCCUCCCCACCGAACCCGACCGUCCACCUGGCUGGAUCAUCUUCGACGUCCGCCAUGGCCGCGCCCUCUUCCUCACCACAACCAUUAUGGGUCCAAUUUUGGCUUCGUCGUCUGGGAUCCCAUGACGGACGAGCAGCACCGUGUGCCUCCGCCCUUGCUCUCGCCCUGGACCAACUACGACUGCUUUACUGCGGCGGUGCUCUGUGCUGUGGAAGGCUGCGACCACUGCGGCUGCCAAGGCGGGCCAUUCCAUGUGGUCGCCUUGUGUACCGAACCGGACAACGGAGUCACAUUCACAUCUGCCCGUAUGUACUCAUCGGAGACCGGCGCGUGGAGCGAGCUCAGCACCGUCUAUCACCAAGAUUGUGCCUUUGUCGUCAACGCCACUGCCGUCCUUGUCGGGGGUGCGCUCUACUUCGCGAAGAUGGGUGGCACUACCUUGAUGACGAGCCAAGUCUUUGAGUACCAGCUAGCUUCCCUUCGCUUGUCGGUCUUCGAUGUGCCGCCCAAGGAUUCAGUCAUGUACGAUGGGACACUUGUGACGGCCGAAGAUGGUGGGCUGAGAUUCGCUACGGUGCAAAAGGCGAGCCUAAUCCUGUGGUCGAGGGAGACCGGCACCACCGGCGCCGAUGGAUGGGCAAAAAGCAGGCAAGGGAAGCAGCUUCUACGGGCCAGCUGGGGCAAUGAAGUGUAUGAGAAGCUCUAA